AUGACAAUGACAAUGUAUCGUAAUUUUAAUAACUACGAACCAUGUAUUUUCCUUCUACAACGUUUAUCAAAUGUCGAACAUUUAACAUUAUUAUUAGCUAUAGGCAAAACAGGUACUAAACCUAUUCAUUUUAUUGAUGGAUUUUUCUUAGAAACAAAUAUUGUUUCAUAUAUGCCUCGUUUACGUCAAUUUAAUUUUCAUAUUCAUUCAAUAUUAAAAAAUGCUACCCAUAUAACAAUUGACCAAAUUCGUCAAAGUUUUCUAAAACAUGAACAACCGUUUGAUUGUGUACUUGAUCAUUUCAAGAAUAACUAUGGACAAUGUCAAAUCUAUUCACUUCCAUUUAUUGGUACUCGUCUUGAUUUUAUCUCAAAUCGAUUUCUGCUCUUUGAUGUUAAUAAUACACUCUCAAAUGUUACUACUUUAUUACUUUUUGAUGAUGUCAAACCUUUCAAAAGUGUUUUCUUUGAACGUGUUGCUCGAGCUCUACCUCGACUUCAAACACUUGAGAUAAUUAAUCAACUUGAACAACAAGAAAAAAAGACGGAAAAUAAAACUAAUAUUGACUUUGCUCAUUUAGCUGUACUAAUUUUAUACGGUAUUCAUAUGGAUUAUGCCAAACAAUUUCUUUGUCAAACUGAUCUUCCUUGUCUAAUCGAACUCGCUAUUAACAGGAUAUAUUGUUCAAAAUAA